AUGAGCGGCGGCGCCACUUGCAUUCCAGACUGGGAACAUGUAUCUUUUUCCUACUACAAAUAUGUGCCGUCCCUCGCUGCUGCAGGUAUCUUCAGCGCGCUGUUUUUCUUCUCCUUAGCCGGUCACACCAUUCAGAUGAUCAGGUUCAAGGCAUGGUUCUUGACGCCGUUGGUGUUGGGCUGUCUGUUUGAAGUUGUCGGUUUCAUGGGUAGAGCAGUUUCGGCACACCAGAAGGCAGGAUGCUGGACGAGGGGACCAUAUCUUGUUCAGACAAUGUUUAUUCUGCUAGCCCCUGCCCUCUUUGCGGCCUCAGUGUACAUGUCCCUCGGUCGAAUUAUCGAGAUUGUUGAUGGAGAAAGACAUGCGAUCAUAGGACGAAGAUGGCUCACCAAGAUUUUCGUCAUCGGCGACGUCAUUUGUUUCCUUCUCCUUGCUGGGGGAGGUGGCAUGUUAGCCUCAGCAAAAGACAACAAAUCGGCGUAUAAUGCUGGUAACGACAUCAUCAUUGGCGGUCUUGUACUUCAGCUUCUCUGGUUUGGCUUUUUCGUUGUUGUUGCGCUCGUGUUCCAUCGCCGGAUGAACCUGGCCCCAACAGCAGGAAGUCAACGACCCGAUGUCAGAUGGAGAAGCUAUCUUCACGCACUCUAUGUUGCCAGCACGCUAAUCAUUAUCCGCAAUGUAUUCCGUCUCGUUGAGUAUUCCGAGGGCAGUGACGGCUACCUACUGAGCACGGAGGUUUUUGUCUAUUGCCUAGACGCAAUGCCCAUGUUCUUACUUGUUGCAUGGCUCUUUUGGAAAUAUCCCGGACAGAUGAGUCCUCUUCUCCAAAAGCAAAGCCUUUAUAACGACUCGCUGCAGGAGAUUGCAAUGUAGUUUAGGUUCGCUUGUCGUUGUAGAUACUUCGGUAACUGGAAAGCCUCAUGGAGUCACUCAAAGAGACCCUUUUACAUUAGCUCCUGCAGAUUCAGCGUUAUUGAGCUAAUCUUCAAGGCCUGCAUGGCUCAUGACUUCUAUAGAUCUUGAUACACACAUAGACAGCU